GCAGCUGGCGGGGGGGCGGUGGUUUGCGUGUGCUGCUGCUGCUCGUUUGCUCCGGGAUUUGCGAUCUGCCUCUGAAGCAGUUGAGGUUUGACGGUUUGACUCUUCUGUGACGAUUGAAAAUGAAGUCCGAUAUGAAUGACUUCACGGAUGAGCGACAAAGUAUCAUUGGGAACGAUGUGACGGCGGCAAGUAGGACUCCGGUCACUCGAUAUUUGGUUUGCGCGACUUUGCUGUCAGCUGUUGGAGGAUUUCUGUUUGGUUACGACACUGGUGUUGUGUCUGGAGCUAUGAUCCAACUGAAGAACUAUUUCCAGUUAACUCCUGUGUGGCAAGAAUUAGUAGUGUCUGUGACCAUUGCCGGAGCAUGGGCCUUUGCUAUUGUUGCGGGCACGGCUACAGAUGCAAUGGGCCGAAAACCCGUUGUCUUAGUAGCGAGCUUGGUGUUCGCGGUCGGUGCUGUUCUUAUGGGUGUUGCAGUCAACAAGGGAAUGUUGCUUGGAGGAAGAUUGAUUGUGGGAGCGGGAAUAGGACUAGCAUCCAUGACAGUGCCUGUGUACAUAGCAGAAGUGGCACCAGCAGACCUUCGUGGCUUCUUGGUGAGCAUCAACCAAGUGUUUCUCACCGGUGGUCUCUUCAUUGCAAGUGUUGUCGAUGGCGCCUUCAGCACAAAUGAAGACAAUGGCUGGAGGUAUAUGCUCGGCCUUGCUGGUGUUCCUGCAAUUAUCCAGUUUGUAGCGUUUCUUGGGAUGCCAGAAUCUCCUCGGUGGCUUGCUAGUAAAGGCAAUUAUCAGGAAGCCAUGGUGGUUCUUCGCAAGUUUCGAGGUGCUACUGCUGAUAUUGAGCAGGAAUUUGAAGCCAUGAAGGCAUCUAGUCUGGAUCAUCAAAAUGAAGAAGGAUCAACUGUGCUGAUGCAGGUCCUUCGUAACCGGUCUCUGCGACUUGCGCUCAUUGUGGGGUGUACACUGAUGGUGGUUCAGCAAGUUGCAGGAAUCAAUACCGUCAUGUACUAUGGCGCUACGAUCAUCCAGAUGUCUGGCGUUCAUGAAGAGUCUGAAGCUAUAUGGCUAUCUGCCGCCACAACUUUUGUCAACUUCGCAUGCUCCUUUAUAGCCAUGGCACUUGUCGAGCGACUGGGAAGGCGAAUGCUUCUGCUUCUAAGCCUUAUAGGUGUAAUUAUAAGCUUGGCGGUGUUGGCUUCAGGAUUUCAGUUGGCAGAUAUGCAUUCUCCAAGAGCCAUUCCUAGUGGACAGCCAGGAUCAUGCUCGAACUACAGUACAUGUGCGCAAUGUGUGAACAGUCCGCUUUGUGGCUUCUGCUCCUCUGACUCAAGUGGCAUGUGUCUGCAAGUGGACCCAAAGAAUAUGCAGCAUUCCUCAGUGGGACCAUGCAGCAACCAUAGCUCUACAGCAGUGUGGGGUUAUGACUGGUGCCCCAGCAAGCAGUGGUGGAUGACUAUACUGGGCCUUGUGAUGUAUCUUUUCUUCUUUGCUCCUGGUUUGGGAGCCAUGCCUUGGACCAUCAAUUCUGAGAUUUACCCCCUAUGGGCACGUAGCACCUGCUUCUCCAUUGCCACUUCAGUUUGCUGGGCCUUCAACCUCCUUGUCUCCAUGACAUUUCUUACCCUCACCGAGGCACUCACUAAAUAUGGAACAUUCUGGUUGUAUGGAGGGCUCUCCACUGUAGGACUGCUGUUCUUCUUCCUGUUCCUGCCAGAAACCAAGGGCAAGUCUUUGGAUGAACUGGAAGACCUGUUUGCUCACCCCUGGUGGAGUGACUCAACCAUUCAUCCUAACAAGAAAACGGUGCAAUAUGUCCACAUACGUGGCAUCAACCAUGCCUACACCACAGAUGAAGCUGAUUCUGGAGAAGAAACAAGUUGAGAAGGCCUGUAAUCCUCAUUGAAACUCUCACGUUGUGGUUGAAGGAGCUUUAAGAUCAGGCCAGAAGUUUCUGUCAAGUACAUCCUUAAAAUACCACUCCUGUUCAUGUGUAUCACAAUGUGUAUCACUCAUAUGUAUCACCAUUCAUUUACUGUUGCAUCUUUUGCUAUGCAACAACAAACAUACAUCUUUUUUGCGUGUUUUUAAUGCACCUCAAGUUACUUUCCCAUGCAAAUCUCGUUUAUAACAAAGAGAUUCUGUGGAUGUUACUAAUUAUUGUCACACUCCCGGCGAACAUCCAUGCAUAGGACUGGUUGCUGUUGGAUCUGUGUGUCCCUUCAAUUCAUCAAUGCUCUGCUGGCUGUCAGGAAAUUACACGUCUGUUUUUGUCACUCCUGCUCGCCGAAAGUGUACUUGCUGCAGCACAGUUCAAAUACCAACAAUAUACGACGAGUGUUUUGGUCAUAGACAUGCAUCUUGUAUGAACGCGACAGGACAACAAUGUGAGCCAUGAGGUCAACUUCCUGAGGAGGGAACACGGGAGAGGCCGUCGGGCAGGGUGACCUGUAAUAAACGUUAGUUGGAGUUAAACCUUGUCCCCGUGUAGUUGCCCGUUCCUGUGCUUUUUUUCGUGUUUGUACAAGAUGCAAUUCAAAUACAUGUGAAUGUGGUAGCUUCUUGCAGUGGUCCUCGCUGUCUAUUGUUACCAGAUCUGAGACAAGACUUACCACAUUUUCAGAAUCAUCAUAAACUUCCUUCAGAGUACAAAUUCUGGGUCUGUUCUGAAGUCCCUUGUGGAAUACUGGCUAAAUACAACCGGUAAGCUAUAUCAGAAAUAGGGGGGGGGGGAUAUAUAUUUAUUGAAUGGAAUAGGGCUAUUUGAGAAACUUCUGGCUUGACUUAACAUGCAUAUACUUCCUCACCCUCUGAUACUCUGGAUGUACAUUUCCCUCCAGGGAAGUGCAAGGUUUCCAGAGAAACUGCACAUUCCACACCCAGAUAUUCCAGUAUUCAUGUAUCCACACAUACUGAUUGUGUCUCUCUGCAGCACCACAGCUAGCAUGCAUUAAGUUUGUUAUUAUCACUCACAGUAGAAAUCUCAUCCUAGUCCAGUAUUGUAACCAGUAACACCUGAAGAAUCCUAACGAAGAAUUAUACCGGAUGUACAUACUAUAGUCAAUGUGCAGUAUAGCAAUAGGAAUGGGGUUUUACAAAAAGAAAUGACCAUCUUUGUAGGAGCCAAUGCAUAUCCCAACAUUUGUUUUCUGGUAAGCAAGUGGAGUCACUGUGCAAGAAUAUUCGCCUGUGCUGACACACUUACCAGUUCUCCCCACAUACCAGGUAUUUGUACUGCAGUCUCUCUUUGUGGUACAUAAUAAGCAGUGCUAACUUUACAGGUAAUAGACCUCUACUGAAGAAACAUCUCUGUGACGUAAUCAUGACGUUGGUAGACAUAGCGAAACCGAAACAGUGCGGACGGAGAACACCGCCGUUUCACAAAGCCGUAUUCUUUCACGAAGGUCAUGGGUGGCUCCUUUGUAUUAGUGGUACACACAAAUGAGGUCACGUUUUUAGUCAAUUUUGAGUCUUCAUGCGUGUUCCCAGUCCACUGCAGAAAGAAAACAAGGCUCCACCAAACGGUUGGAUGCAUCGUCUGAAAGUCAGUGUGUAAACCUGUGCAGAAUGUGGUUUGCUAUUACGACUUAGUUCGCGCUCGUUUUGUAUAGAGACACCACGUGCACUCCGAGAGAAACUCGUGCCCUUCAGGCUACAGAAGAUGGAAGAGUAGGAAGAGCCCUGUAGAUAUCUUUAGAAAGGGCUACCGAAAAGAUAGGGCUACCGGUAGAAUGGAGCACAACAAGACCAUACAACUAAUAAUAUGUAAGGAAUUACACACAAACCUUACAAUAUGAGAAGCCACAUUUAAAUGUGGCUUCCUUGUGACUUAUUGAUUUUUUGCUAAAGUAGUUCCAGCCUACCAAUUUGGCAGCGCUGUUGUACCAUCUGACGUCAUUUGUUUGUAAACAAGGAGAGGUCUAUUACACAUAUACAUGCUCGUACAUUCCUUCUCAUAGUUUUCACAGAUUAAGGGGGGAAAUGUUAACAAGUACGGUGCAACCCGUUAAUUCGAAAUCUCAUAAAUAGAACUUCCGGAUAAUUUUAACUUCGCUCAGUCCCGUCAAUGCCAUGUGUAAAACGCCUUGUAAUUCGAGCAUAUGAACAUGCGCAGCAGUUUAUUCGAACGAGAUUGCCCUGUUGCGCGCGACUACGCACCUGGUCGGACCCGCACAACCGCGCACUGGCUAGUCAGUGACGCGUUUAUUUGUUAACUUUACUUAUCAUCUCUAGGACCAUUACUUAUAAAGGCGAUACUUGUGCCAGACCAAGGAGGUCUAAGGAACAGGUCACUGUAGUGACCUGUAGUCACUGUAGUGUAGUGUAGGAACGAUGGCGCUCACUCGUGACCAGCAAAGCAAGUAAGCCUCACUGUUUUAAGGGGACUAAGACCCUUCGUGUUGCCUACGCAGCAAACACAAAGGCGUGGAUGACGGUCUCUAUUUUUGUUAACUGGGUUGGCAAUAUUUGCAUUCUCGUGGUUCGCAAUUGGGUUGAGCUCAACAUCGCAAACGAUGUUGAUAGAGUCGAGGCUGAAGAAACGAAUGGACGUGCGUAUAACAGAUUAUUUUCUGUCCUGAGAUGUAAUGAUACUUGCUUGCUAAUGAAUAAUUUUCAAUAUGAAUGGGCCUCUUAUAUUUCUGGCAUCGUGUGAGAUGUGGCAAGGCUGAGCGAACUAUGACGCGUCGCCGAUGCAGCUGCUAUGCGCUGCCAGCGCAUCGAGCUCGUAUUCAGAGCAACUUCCCUUAAUCAGAACUCUGCUUUGUUUGAAGAAAUCUUCGGGCUCCCUUCGAGUUCGAAUUAAUGGGAUUGCAUUGAUGAUGCACAAUGAGUAACGUGGCAACCAGCAGAACAUAGCAGGGAAUUUAGAAGAUAGCUAACAAACAGGAUGCUUUCUGAAUUUUUUUUUGUUGUUGCUCAGUACAUACCAAGUACACAAUUAAGAACUCAGUAAAUCUAGCAUCAAGUUCUUAAGAAAAUUUUAAGCUGUUGUGUGAGUUACAGCUUUUAACACAAGGGUGUGGAGGACAAUACGUGUAAUAGGAGCAGUUGGAUGUGCCAGCAGGGGCAGGCCGUAAUGAAAUUUCUGAUAUUGCCACUUUCUAGCUAUACUCCCAGUAUACUCCAGUAUAUUGUGUCUGAUCACUGACUACAUUCUUUUGCUGAGUAUCAGCAGAAUCGCCCCGGUUCACAUGUGUGAAUAGUACCAUUAGCACAGGCAUUGAAGACACAGUAGAAUAAGAAUAGCCAGAAUGCCACUGAUCAGCCACUAUAUUCCGUCAACAUGCUUUUUACUUUCAUGCUGGAAACUUUUAGCUUUCACAGAUGGGCAACUUUGCUUUGGAUCUAUGGCUGCCCGAGACUGUACUUAGUUGUGAUAAUUGCACUGUUGUGUUCAUUACUAUGUAACUGUCCUGUUCAUACACUAUGAGGACAUAUAGUACGUAAUACCCCAUAUAUUUUGUUGUGGAUUGGUAAUUUAUGCAGAGGCUGUUCCCCAAGGGGAACUUUGAGGUCCCUGUCUGUGUGAUUUUCUCACUAUCGAAAUAGUAGUAACUAUACUUAUGUUCUGAAGAAGUAACACAUAUACCUAGUCAUAUUUUCUAUUUGAACUGUAAAACUACUAAAAUAACGUACUUUUAUGUAUAUCGUGGUUGCCGAUAUGAGAAGCUUUUUUAAAUGUAUAAGGUUGUUGACAGAGCAUGUUCCAUUUCUAAGUGCUGCUGUUUCGCAGUGGGGUCAUCCACAUGAAGCGAUCCAAUUGCACGGCUCGACCACCAGAGAUGUUGUUCAUUUUUUUCGACUGGUUGACAUCGUAGAGAAACCAACGCCCACAAAUUUUUUUUUUUGCCGAAUUCAAAGGCAUUUUCUCGUUAGGUGGCACUAACCAUCUCGGGUUCACCUAUAAGUGAGGUGCCUUUCAAGGCUUCUCCUGGGAAAACGGGUAAAGGUAUUUUAUUUGAGGUCUGUAAACGUCAGAAUGGCUGUAAAGGAAUGCUCUUUAAUUCUAUAUGAAUAAAUCUCAUGCUGUAGCGUCUUUCAUACCGUACUGUAGGCCUAGAAAUCCAUGUUUUCGCAGUGUGUUUGCUAUAUUUUUCUGAGUCACUGCCUGCACAUAGGGACAUCAAAUUUGGUAGACAUGGAGCUGGUCACAUGGUGAACAUGUGUAAAAAAUUAUAUCUCAGGAUAUAAGAGAAAAGCAAAGAAAAAAUUGUGAAUUUUGCAGAAUUUGAUAAAUUAGCUGUAUUGCUAGCUGUAAAAAUUGACGUGACCAACGUGGUACGAGCAUUCUGUCAACGCUAAAAUGCUGGUGAAUGUGUCCACUUGAACAUAUAAAAAAAUUGUGAGGGUACUUUUAGGUGAACCCCAGAUGUUUAGCGCCACCUAAUCUGAAAAUGCCUCCGAAUUCGUCGAAAUUUUUUUAUGGUCGUUGGUUUCUCUACGGGGUCAACCAGUAAAAAAAAUGAACAAAAUCCGUGGCGGUCGAGCCACGCGAUUGGAUCGCAUCAUGUGGAAUGACACAAUGGGCAACAGGCCAUGCUGUUCGAUUACCAUACCAUUGUCCAUUUUAUUUUUCUUUACACGAAACCUGUGUAAUGUGAGCUGUGAGGGAUUAGCAGCCCUGACCGCUCACUGACUACCAUUUCUUCGUUCAGUUGGCCAGCCUACUUUUGUGAGAUAAUACCGUCCUCUUACGUACUACACACAAUAAAGUGCAGUAGCGGAUAA